UGACUGACUGACUGACAUCCAUGCUGGCGGUCUUGUCGGCAACUGCCCUACCCGCCGAGCCGCCGUCGGCAACAGCAGCUGCCGUACCAGGACUAAUCGUCGACACCGAUAUUGGCGGCGGCGGCUGUCGGGAUGUUGAUGACGUCGGCGCCCUCGGCGUAGCGAAUGCUCUGGCCGACAGCGGCGUUGUUAAUCUGCUGGGUGUCGUGCAGAAUACACAGGCGACCAACUCAACGGGUGUUAUCAGCGUGGUGCAGCGCUAUUACAGCCGCACUAUCCCCACCGGGGUCUACCGCGGCUCCGGCCUCCGAGACCUCGCCGCACUCCCGUACGUGGCCGACAUCGUGGCGCGCUGGCCGUCGCCGGUGCGAAAUUCGUCGCAGGCGGGCUCGGCCGUCAAGCUGUACCGCCACCUGCUCGCGGGACAGCCGGACCGAUCGGUGGCCGUCGCCUCCAUCGGGCUCCUCACAAACCUAGCGGCGCUCUUCCAGUCCUCCGCCGACAAGCACAGUCCGCUCAGCGGCCUCUCGCUCUUCGGGCAGAAGGUCUUUCGGCUCGCCAUCAUGGGCGGGCGCUACCCGUCCAGCAAAGGGCAGCGCUGCGAGUGCAACUUCUGCGCCGCCGCGUGGGGCGGCAUCGACCACCGAGCAGCGGUGCAGGCCUCCGCGCACGUGGUCGAGCGGCUGCCCGCGGGCGUGGACGUCGUCUUCAGCGGCCUCGAGGUGGGGCUGAGGGUCGUCACCGGCGCGGCGCUCUCGACGUGCGCGCCGGCCGCUUCGCCGCUGCGUCAGGCUUACGUCGACUACGGCGGCGGAGUAGACCGAGGGCGCUACUCGUGGGACCUCAUCACGACGCACGUCGCCGCAGCCGGUGGCCUGCCGGGCGUGAGGCGCUGCUCGGACUGCGGCGGCGUCAACGUCGUGGACGCGUCCUCGGGCGCCAACGCGUGGAGGCGCGGCCCAGCCGCCAACCAGACCUACCUCGUCCUGGAGGACGCGGCCGACGCGCAACGGGUGAUCGACCGACUGCUCUGCCAGCCGCCGCGGCUGGGUGCAAGCGCGCCCAACGACGUUCCCUUUGCUGCUUUUGCACGAGCCGGUCCCAUCGAGUGA